CCGGAAGCUCAUCUUAAAAUACUGAACUGCUGUUUGGAAGUCGCUGGUGUUACUGUAGUUGGAGUCUGUUCUCGGGCCUGAGCCUCGAGCCCAGGCUCCUGGGUGUCGUUAAUGUUCGGGGCCGCUGGGCGCCAACCGAUCGGAGCUCCACCCGCCCGGAACAGCUGGCAUUUCAGUCGAACCAUGGAGGAACUGGUUCAUGAUCUUGUCUCGGCAUUGGAGGAGAGCUCAGAGCAAGCUCGGGGUGGGUUUGCUGACACUGGAGACCAUUCCCGAAGUAUAUCAUGCCCACUGAAACGACAAGCCAGGAAAAGGAGAGGGAGGAAACGGCGGUCCUAUAAUGUUCACCAUCCUUGGGAGACUGGCCACUGCUUAAGUGAAGGUUCUGAUUCUAGUUUAGAAGAGCCAAGCAAGGACUAUAGAGAGAACCACUAUAAUAAUAAAAAGGAUCAUAGUGACUCCGAUGACCAAAUGUUAGUAGCAAAGCGCAGGCCAGCAAACUUAAAUAAUAAUGUUCGAGGGAAAAGACCCCUGUGGCAUGAGUCUGACCUUGUUGUGGACAACCUGGGGAAUAGAACUCUACGCAGGAGGAGGAAGGUCAAGCGCAUGGCAGUGGAUCUACCGCAGGACAUCUCCAACAAACGGGCAAUGACCCAGCCGCUCGAGGGCUCUAGAGACCAGGACAUGGACUAUGAUAGAGCUUACCAAUAUCAAGAGUUUACCAAGAACAAAGUCAAAAAAAGAAGAUUGAAAAUCAUUAGACAAGGACCCAAAAUCCAAGAUGAAGGAGUAGUUUUAGAAAGUGAGGAGAUAAGCCAGACCAAUAAGGACAAAAUGGAAUAUGAAGAGCAAAAAGUCUCAGAUGAACUCAUGAGCGAAAGUGAUUCCAGCAGUCUCAGCAGUACUGAUGCUGGUUUGUUUACCAACGAUGAGGGAAGACAAGGUGAUGAUGAGCAGAGUGACUGGUUCUAUGAAAAAGAAUCAGGUGGAGCCUGCGGUAUCACUGGAGUCGUGCCCUGGUGGGAGAAGGAAGAUCCUACUGAGCUAGACAAAAAUGUACCAGAUCCUGUCUUUGAAAGUAUCUUAACUGGUUCUUUCCCCCUUAUGUCACAUCCGGGCAGAAGAGGUUUCCAAGCUAGACUCAGUCGUCUUCAUGGAAUGCCUUCAAAGAGUAUUAAAAAAUCUGGAGGGACCCCAACUUCAAUGGUGCCCUCUCCUGGGCCAGCAAAUAAUAAGAGGAUGGUUCACUUCUCCCCAGAUCCCCAUCACCAUGACCAUUGGUUUAGCCCUGGGGCUAGGACAGAGCAUGGCCAGCAUCAGCUUCUGAGAGAUAACCGAGCUGAAAGAGGACACAAGAAAAACUGUUCUGUGAAAACAGCCAGCAGGCAAACAAGCAUGCAUUUAGGAUCCUUAUGCAUGGGAGAUAUCAAACGGAGAAGAAAAGCUGCACCUUUGCCUGGACCUACCACCACAGGGCUUGUAGGUGAAAAUGCUCAACCAAUCCUAGAAAACAACAUUGGAAACCGAAUGCUUCAGAGUAUGGGGUGGACACCUGGGUCAGGCCUGGGACGAGAUGGCAAGGGGAUCUCUGAGCCACUUCAAGCCAUGCAGCGGCCAAAAGGAUUAGGACUUGGAUUUCCAUUACCAAAAAGCACUGCCACAACUACUACCACCAAUUCAGGAAAACCUACCUAA